AUGGAAAACACAAAAGACGUCUUCUCUGGUCCACAUCUGUGGGGCAAUGGCAGCCUCUUCUUCAACAACACAGCGGCUAACAGCAGCUCCCUCGGGUCUCUUGUGUCAUCAGAGAUGGACAAGGCUAUCAACAUAAUUAUGAUCGUCGUCCUCUUUAUCACCAUGGUAUCGAUGGGAUGCACCAUGGAGGUGUCCAAGAUCAAGGCUCACUUAGUGAAACCAAAGGGGGUGGCAAUCGCCCUGGUGGCCCAGUACGGUGUCAUGCCUUUAACAGCCUUCUGCUUAGCUAAGGCGUUCCAGCUGGGUCGAAUGGAGGCCGUGUCAGUGCUGCUGUGUGGCUGCUGCCCUGGAGGAAGCCUCUCCAACCUGCUGGCUCUGGGCCUGCAGGGGGACAUGAACCUGAGCAUUGUGAUGACCACCUGCUCCACAGUGCUGGCACUGGGCAUGAUGCCUCUGCUGCUCUACCUGUACUGCCAGGGUUUCUCCAAUUUGCAGGACGCCGUGCCCUACAUUGACAUCAUCCUGGCCCUGGUCAUGAUCCUCAUACCGUGCGGUGUCGGCAUCCUCAUCAACUACUACAGGCCGCAGUACGCCAAAUACAUCACCAAGGUUGGCCUGACGAUACUGAUGGUUGCCGUGGUGGCGGUUGGUGUCAUGUAUCAUGUGGGAAUGGGGCACUCAGUCCUGGCAAUACUGUCUCCAACGCUCAUGACCAUCGCUUUUCUCAUGCCAUUAAUUGGCUACAUCUUUGGAUACGUCGUCUCCUGGGUCUGCAAACUCAGUCGACCGGAACAGAGGACCGUUGCCAUGGAAACAGGCUGCCAGAACAUCCAACUUUGCACCACCAUCCUGAAGGUGGCCUUUCCACCGGAAAUAAUCGGCCCCCUCUUUCUGUUCCCGUUGGUCUACGUAACCUUCCAGCUGACGGAGGCUGCAGUCCUCAUCCUGGUGUUCAGGUGUUACCAGCUUUUGAAGCCCAAAAAGAAAGAGACGUACCAGCCUGCAGCCACUGCUGUCCCAGAGGUGGUAAAAGAGCCAUCUGACCGAGCUGUAUGAUGAACGGACCUCACAAAACCAUCCUUGGUUCACUCACAGGCUUGUGUACAACUGAACACACACAUGGAAGAUAUAUCCAAGCAGCCUGCCUGUACUGUUGUUUCGGAUCUCAGAAGUCAAUGAUAUGAGCUCUGAAUAGGCCAGUGCUCAAUAUUGUGCAACAGGCAGUAUCGCCUAGUCGUUUUACUGCUUUUUUAUGAAACGCUGGUUGACAGCUUUUGUAAAAAUUUGUCGACAUUUAACUUGGAAA